CAUCUCAUUCAUUUCAAGUUACCAUUUCCACCUCUUUCUCUCUUCUUUUUUCUCCGAUCCAUUCCUCCCUCAUUUUCUCCCCCACCAUGGCGAGAAGCGCCUCCCAAUCAUCCCAAUCCGCAUCCUCCGCUGCCACAACACGGCCGGGUGUCAUGGCUCCACGCGGCUCCGCUGCCGCUACAGCCGGAAUGCGCCGUCGCCGCCUCGGCGGUGGAAACGCCACUAGCUCCAGCUCUGCCGCGGGAGGAUCCAGCGGCGGAAAUAACAUGCUGCGAUUCUACACCGAUGAUGCUCCUGGAUUGAAGAUAUCUCCAACGGUUGUUCUUGUGAUGAGUCUCUGUUUCAUUGGAUUCGUCACCGCUCUGCAUGUUUUUGGUAAACUAUACCGUUACCGAUCCGCCGCUGGUGCCGCCGCUUGAUUUUGUGUCUCGGUCUUGAAGCUGGUGUAACGGUUUUUGGAUCUGAUGAUUAAUAUUUUGAAACAUGCAUGCUUUUAGUUUGUUUCUUUUUAUUUAUUUAUUUAUUUCUUUAUAACCUUAUGAUCUUUCUUUGUAAAUUUUAUUUGGCUUGAGUAGGAUUUGAUUGGAUCUUGUCGCUGUUGAUGAAAAUCAAUCUCUGCAAUUAGUUUUAAUUAUUUAUUUAUUUCACUUAUGGCUAAAAUUUCAUUUUCUAAGAUUUAUUUUUGGUUGCUUUUGUA